AUGUCCUCAACCGCUAUAGUUCAAACUCUCAGUAUUUCCAGCUCUCUCCUUGCCUCGGGAGGAAUAGCAACCCUCUCCCUGUUCAACGUUCCCGAAUUAAGAUCCCAACCAGCAUCCCGCGCUCUACCAUCAAUCCGCUGGCUCUUCUCUCGAGGCUCGCAUCUCUUCCCGGAAGCCGCAGCCCUCUCCAGCGCAGGCUUUGUUUACUUAGCCUAUGAGUCCCUGGCGCCGGGACAGAGCGCCCUACAAUUAUUGAAAGUCGUCAGUAAUAGCAGAACGAUCAACGGAUACUUGGCUGCAGCAGUUUUGAGUAUCAGUAUCGGGCCGUUUACUUCUUUUGUGAUGUUACCCACGAAUUUCGCGCUUAUAAGCAUGAAUGUGGAGAUGGGUGGUGCCAGGAGUGAGAAGUCCCAGGUAGAAGGGAGUGGUUCGGAAGAGAGACGUGCGAAAGAUUCUGUUAACGGUGAUGGAGAAGCGGCCGAGUUCACAGACCUUAGCGGACCUCAGGAAAAGACGCAAAAAGAGAGUUCGGCGGCUGAUGAUGAGAAGAUGAGGAGUCUUUUGGAUAAAUUUUCAGCGUUGAAUUGGGUUAGGGCAGGAUUGGUCGGUGGUGGGGGAAUUUUGGGACUAUGGAUUGCUCUUUCUUGA